AUGGACAGCAUCGAUGGGCAGCGCGUCAUGCUGGUGCUGCAGGACAUGCUCGAUGGCCUCAGCUGGGCAUCCUCCCUGACCCUGCCCCUCCUCAGCAGCGCGGCCGAGAGCACCUCCCUGCCACCCGCCGUGCGCAGCCUCCUCGCCACGCACCAGCAGGCUGCAGAGCGACUCGCCAGUGCGGCGGAGAGCGGUGCGCCGACGGACGCGGGUGCAGUUGUCGACUCCACGCGUGAACUGUGCAGGGAGCUCAAGAGGGAGCCGUUGGCGGGGCUUGAGCUGCUGCGGUUAGGGGAGGAGCGGUCCAAGCCCCUCGAGGUCCUCACAGCCGUUGUGAGACGACUGACGGAGCAGAUGAAGAAGCGGCUGGCCACCACGGUGGAGGAGGAGGCCUCGCGCCGCCAGUUCCACACAGAGGUGGCGCGCAGGGAGGAGAAGUCGAGCAAGGAGCUGCAGAGCCUGGAGCAGCAGGCGCGUGUGGAGCGGAGGGACCGCUCACGCGCACUGCUGCAGCUCGCAGAGGCGGAGCGCCGCGCACGGGACGAGCUGGCGGUGGUGCGCAGCCAGACGGUGACGGUGGCAGAACGCCUUGCGGAUGAGUACCGCACAGCCGAAGAAGCGGAGCGGGCCGGCUUUGCAGACAGGGAGGUUGCCCUGAGCGCGGAGGCCGCCGCGCUGGCGGGCGAGCUGGCGCGCGUGCAGGCGGAGGCGCGCGAGGCGGAGGCGGCACUGCGGUCCAAGAAGAAGAGCAGCGAGAAGGAGGUCGCGGACUGGCUCGCCGAGUACGACCGGGACAUGGCGCAGCGCGACAAGGAGAACCGCGACAACAAGGCGGAGUACCGAGACAUCAAGAAGAAGCUGCGCGGCUACCAGGCCCACUACCAGCGGCUGCAAGAGGAGGAGGAGCGGCGAGCGGCAGAAGAGAAGCGCGCGGCCGAGGAGAAGGCGAAGCUCGACUCAGAACAAGGGCGCAUUAACGACGCAGCCAGGAAGAUCCAACACGCGUGGCGAGGUUUCCAAAAGACAAAAGACGCGGUUGAGAAAAAGCCGACCAAAAAGGGAAAGACCUCAAAAGUCAAAGGCGGGAGGACAUCAGAGAAAGCUAGCAAAACAGCGGAGAAACCAAAGAGCUCGCAAGGCAAGAAAAAGUGA